AUGUCUCUGGUACAAUACUCAGAUUCGGACUCCGACCCUGAACCACAAUCCAACCCAUCACCUCCUUCAUCAAAGAAAACCCACCCCAACCCCACAACACCAUCCCUCCCCCCUCUCCCAGAAUCAUUCCAUGACCUCUACGCCACAGCCACACGCGUAAGCGUACAAGAUGAUCCCAACCUUCACGAUGGCCGAGUCAGAAUAAUCCCCCACAUAGAAGGGAACUGGCCAACACAUGUGUAUCUCCAAUGGUAUCCAUGCGUUGAAGGACAAGGACUCCUUUACAAUACCCUCGUCCAAUGUGGGAUAGAUAUCUCGGACCGAUCUGAGAAUCAAGUGCAUAGUCUUCUCAUUAGCGAUCUCGGAGUCAAGUUACCGCUGCACAUUAGCUUGUCGAGGUCGGUGGUCGUGCGCACUGAGCAGCGUUUCGAGUUAACUGAUGCAUUGGAGAACGCGAUAAAGGAAUCGGGUGUUUUGUCAUUUUAUAUCCAGCCAGAUAGGUUAUAUUGGUCAUCUAACUACGAGAAGACUCGGUGGUUUCUCGUGCUAGGCGUGCAGAAACCAAAAAAUGAUGAGCUUAAUCGGCUCUUAAAGGUGACUAAUGAUGUUCUUGCUCGGUUUGGUCAGCCACCGCUGUAUGCAGCUCCCUUGGCGCAAGGACAGCAGUCUAGUUCGUCACCCCGUGGCCCGGACGGAAGUCUGGUGGAGGAUUUCUCGGAGUGCUUUCAUAUCUCACUUGCUUGGAGUCUUUCAGAGCCUAGUGCUAAAGACCGUGAACGCAUUGAUGCGAUCAACUUAGGAGCUUUGCGGGAAAAAAGGGUUGGAUUUGAUGUCGUCAGGGUCAAGAUUGGAAAUACCCGCACUUAUAUACCACUGAACACGAGGUGGUGA